AUGAACAGUGGCGGCGGCCUCCCGCCCCCUCCGGCCGCCGCCUCCACCCCGUGCCCGCCGUCGGCGGCGUCGCUGGCGGCGGCCGUGGCCGCGGGGGCCCCGCCGGGGGCGGUGGGCGCGGGGGUGGCCGGCGCGCCGGCGGCGGGCGUGAAGCUCAAGUUCUGCCGCUACUACGCCAAGGACAAGACGUGCUUCUACGGCGAGGAGUGCCAGUUCCUGCACGACGACCCGGGCCUCGGCCUCCCCGGCAACAGCGUCCCCCUGGCGCUGGCCGUGGCGCCCGCCGGCGGGGCCGGGCCGCCCCCUCCGCCAGCCAAGAAGCCCGAGCCCCUGGGCGUCCCCGCAGCGGCGGCGGCCGGCGGCGGCGGCGGCGCCGGGAUCCUGGAGGGCCCGCGGCUGGCGAUUCCUGGAAUAGAUGGAGGUGCUUUAAGUGAUACAAGUCUCACAGAUUCCUAUUUUAGUACCAGCUUUAUUGGAGUCAAUGGAUUUGGAAGCCCUGUAGAAUCAAAGUAUCCCCUGAUACAGAGAAUGACUAAUAGUAACAGCUCCCCAAGUCUUCUAAAUGAUAGUGCCAAACCAUAUGCAGGCCAUGAUUCUCUAACUUCACCUGCUUCAUCCUUGUUUAAUGACUUUGGUGCCCUCAACAUCUCUCAGAGAAGAAAGCCAAGGAAGUAUCGCCUGGGGAUCCUGGAGGAGAGGCUAGUUCCGAUGGGAUCAAAGGCACGAAAAGCAAAGAACCCUAUUGGCUGCCUUGCCGACAGGUGUAAAUCAGGAGUACCCAACAGUAUGGUUUGGUGGAACAGAGUCACUGAAAACAAUUUACAGACACCAAAUCCUACUGCAAGCGAGUUUAUUCCUAAAGGAGGAUCAACCUCCAGGCUGAGUAACGUGUCCCAGUCAAAUAUGUCUGCUUUCUCUCAAGUUUUCUGUCACCCAUCAAUGGGAAGUCCUGCUACCGCUGGAUUAGCUCCAGGAAUGUCAUUGUCUGCUGGAUCUUCCCCUCUUCAUUCUCCCAAGAUCACUCCACAUACUUCCCCUGCUCCUAGAAGAAGAAGUCACACUCCGAAUCCAGCAAAUUACAUGGUGCCUUCUAGUGCCUCUACACCGGUUAACAAUCCUGUUUCUCAGACUCCAUCUUCUGGUCAUGUGAUCCAGAAGGAAACUGUUGGUGGGACAACUUACUUUUAUACUGACACAACUCCAGCACCUUUGACUGGAAUGGUAUUUCCAAAUUACCAUAUUUAUCCUCCAACUGCACCUCAUAUUGCUUACAUGCAACCAAAAGCAAAUGCUCCUUCCUUCUUCAUGGCUGAUGAACUCAGACAGGAGCUGAUCAACAGACAUUUAAUAACAAUGGCUCAAAUUGAUCAAGCAGAUAUGCCAGCAGUUCCUGCAGAAGUUGACAGCUACCAUAGCCUGUUCCCUCUAGAACCACUGCCACCUCCUAACCGGAUACAGAAAUCAAGUAAUUUUGGAUAUAUUACAUCUUGCUACAAAGCUGUAAAUAGCAAAGAUGAUCUGCCAUAUUGCCUUCGGAGGAUACAUGGUUUUCGUCUUGUUAACACAAAGUGCAUGGUAUUAGUUGAUAUGUGGAAAAAAAUUCAGCACUCAAACAUUGUAACCUUGCGUGAAGUAUUUACCACUAAAGCAUUUGCAGAGCCUUCUCUUGUGUUUGCAUAUGAUUUCCAUGCUGGAGGAGAAACCAUGAUGAGCAGACACUUUAAUGACCCUAAUGCUGAUGCUUAUUUCACAAAGAGAAAGUGGGGCCAACAUGAUGGACCAUUGCCCAGACAACAUGCUGGAUUAUUGCCAGAAUCUCUCAUUUGGGCUUAUAUUGUCCAGCUGAGUUCUGCUUUGCGGACUAUUCAUACAGCUGGUUUGGCAUGUCGAGUUAUGGACCCAACAAAGAUUCUGAUAACUGGUAAAACGAGGUUACGAGUAAAUUGUGUUGGAGUUUUUGAUGUUUUAACAUUUGAUAACAGUCAAAAUAAUAAUCCAUUGGCGAUAAUGGCUCAGUACCAGCAAGCAGAUCUGAUAUCAUUAGGAAAAGUUGUCUUGGCUUUGGCUUGCAACUCUUUGGCAGGAAUUCAGCGAGAAAAUUUACAGAAAGUCAUGGAACUGGUGACAAUCAACUAUUCCUCUGACCUGAAGAACCUGAUUCUGUAUUUAUUGACGGACCAAAACAGGAUGCGGAGUGUAAAUGACAUCAUGCCUAUGAUUGGUGCUCGAUUUUAUACUCAAUUGGAUGCUGCUCAAAUGAGAAAUGAUGUUAUAGAGGAAGAUCUUUCAAAGGAAGUUCAAAAUGGAAGACUGUUUAGGCUUCUAGCAAAAUUGGGAACAAUCAAUGAGAGGCCGGAGUUUCAGAAGGACCCUACCUGGUCAGAGACUGGAGACCGUUAUCUGUUGAAACUCUUUAGAGACCAUCUUUUUCAUCAGGUGACUGAAGCAGGUGCUCCUUGGAUUGACCUCAGUCAUAUCAUUUCUUGUCUUAACAAGUUAGAUGCUGGUGUGCCAGAAAAAAUAAGCCUCAUAUCCAGAGAUGAGAAGAGUGUACUUGUGGUGACUUACAGUGACUUAAAGCGCUGCUUUGAAAAUACUUUUCAAGAACUGAUUGCAGCUGCAAAUGGUCAGUUGUAGCAUUUGCUUUUUUAAAAAGAAGAAAAAAGGAAGAAGCACGCUAGACUUGGCUGAGGAAGUUAACCAAUAGAAAAUUGCACUACAGCUAAACUGUUUCCAUCAUCUCAUUUCACAUUUGGGAAACAAACAGGAGAUGAGCAAAGCUGCUUGCACUUCAGUCAGGUUCACUGUUACUUGAAAGGAAGAAUGUUCCACUUUUCCUGUAGCUUGGUGGCUGCCAUUGGGGACGGAUCUGUGAAGCAUUUACUUUAGGUUAAGGAGCAACAUUAGAUGACGAUGUUCCAGCUUUUGUUUUUUCCACUUGUAUAUGCACUAAUUUUAAUUUUUUUAAGACUUGUUUUUCUGGUCUUUGAACUUCACAUUGUAUACUUAUUAAGGGGAACUCUUU